AUGCCUCCCCAGCGUCAACGCCAUGGUCAUUCCCUUCUCUCCCCCGGCGACUACGAUGACGAUGCUGAGUCGUUUCGAUCCCCGUCAGAGCAGGACUCUGACUCGGAAGAUGACGAGUUUGUCCGCCAUUCCCGCUCCACGUUGGAACUAGCGGAACACGAUCGCACCGUCUUGGAUGAAGAGGAGGAGACCGAGAAAUUGUUGACCAGGAGAGGCGCCGCCCAUGGUAUCCGCCGGAUCUUCAGCCCCAGUAGCGGUGAUGUCAAGAUUGGGAAACGUGAGCGCCGAGAGCAGCGGAGGAAGGCUCGAAAAGCACGCAGGAAGCACCAGAAGAUGUCAAGUUCGAGCGAAUUGGUGUUUGAGAUGGAGGAAGGCCACCCAGAGGAUGAGAGCUCUCUACUCAGCUCGUCAUCGUCUGAGUUAGACCAACCAAUCAAGGAGAAAUAUGCUUAUGCUGAGAGUUCCCCUCUCUCAUGGCGAAAGCUUGCGUUGAUCUUUGCAGCUAUAUUUGUGCUGUUCCUCAUAUGUCUGUUAGGUGCAUACAAAGCGUCAACGAAAUUUCGAGCAUCUCACCCCAGGCCUCCUCCCCUUCUUUCCAACGGCACCGCGCUGUUUGCUCCGACUACCAUAUUGGUUUCGCUCGAUGGCUUUAGGGCGGACUUCCUCAGCCGCGGUUUAACCCCCACUCUCAAUUCAUUUAUUGCCGACGGUGUUUCUCCACAGUACAUGUUGCCCAGCUUUCCCAGUGUCACCUUUCCAAACCAUUUCACACUUGUAACGGGUCUGUACCCCGAGAGUCAUGGGAUCGUGGGAAACACUUUUUGGGAUCCGAAGUUGCAGGAAGAGUUCUAUUACACGCAUCCCUCCGUCAGCAUGCAGCCUAAAUGGUGGAAUGCCGAACCCCUGUGGAUGACCGCUGAGAACCGAGGACUGAGGACUGCCAUCCACAUGUGGCCCGGGUCUGAGGCGCAUAUUGGGGGCGUGGAGCCUAGCAUCUUGGAUGAGUACAAUGGCUCUGAAGCUCUCCCGCGGAAGGUCAACCGCAUCCUGCAGUAUCUCGAUAUGCCGGGGCUGGAGGACGGGACCUCGACUCCAGAGCGGCCACAGUUUGUCGCUUUCUAUGUACCCAACGUCGAUGCACAUGGGCAUAAGUACGGACCAAAUAGCACGAAGAUCCGUGACACCAUUUCGCAGGUGGAUGGCAUGUUUGGUACUCUCUUCUCUGGCCUGGAAGAACGCAAUCUCACGGACAUUGUGAACAUUGUGAUAGUCUCCGAUCAUGGCAUGGCUACGACCGCCACAGAGCGUCUAGUGCAGCUGGAUGACUUGAUAGACAUGAACCUAGUCGACCGCAUCGACGGAUGGCCGUUGCGUGGGAUAUGGCCUAAACAAGCCGAGGAUCUAAAGACCUUACAGGACCAGCUGGAGAAUGUCGCCCAGAAUUAUUCCCAUGCGAUGGAGAUCUAUACGCGUGAGACGAUGCCUGAGCGCUACCACUUCAAGAACAACGAUCGUAUUGCUCCUCUAUGGGUUAUCCCGAAGACCGGAUGGGCGAUUGUCGAACGGCCGGACUUCGACGCGGGCCAUGCGUUAGAGAAGGGGAAAACGUACCAUCCUCGAGGUAUCCACGGCUACGACCAUGAGCAUCCUCUGAUGCGGGCUAUUUUUAUCGCCAAGGGUCCUGCAUUUCCCCAUGCAGGCAACAGCCGGCUAAAACCUUUCCAAAAUGUCAAUGUCUAUAACAUCAUUUGCGAUAGCCUGGGGAUCACGCCGCUCCCCAACAACGGAACCUUGCGCCUGCCACUCAAGCCGGUGGGCUUUCAUUCGGACGAGGACACGCCUCCUUUCGAUGAUCCUUCCGACCCUCCUGUGAGCAUUACUGCCACCCACGCAACUUCCUCUCUCGCCCCCGCCAUUGUUGCCCCCGAACAACAGCCUACAACACCAACAAACGAGGCUGCAGGGCAGUCUGAACCCGACUCCGAAAGCGAUGACAAAUGGGGCCUUACGUGGUGGGGAACACUCUGGAACAAGUUGAAGGAGUUGAAGGGCUGGGCGAGUGAUGCAUUUGAGACGGUGAAGGAGAACUUUGUGACCUCGGAUUGA